UUAGAAUUAGAUCUCACUGAUCGUGCAGUGGAGAGAUUGAAUCAAAUAUCUAAAGAGGAAAAUAAUCCAAAUGUUGCAUUAAGAGUAAAUGUUGAAAGUGGUGGAUGUCAUGGAUUUCAAUACAAUUUGGAAUUAUCAGAUAUCUCCAAAAAGACUGAAGAUGACUGUAUUUUUGAAAGAGAUAAUGCCAAAAUCAUGGUUGAUGAAAGUUCACUGAGUAUUUUAAGAGAGAGUAAAAUUGAUUAUACAAAUGAAUUGAUUGGUAGUAUGUUUAAAGUGGUGGAUAGUCCUUACACCACCUCCAGCUGUGGCUGUGGUUCAAGUUUUGAUUUUGAUUUCUCCAAACUUGACAAGUGA